AUGGAGGCGCUGCGGCGGCCGGCGCUGCCCGAGGACGCGGUGCGCUACCGCCUGUUCGCGGCGGCGGCGGCGGGCCCGGGCGGCGAGGCGCUGCUGCGGCGCUGCGCUGAGCUGGCCCUGGUGCGCUUCGCUCCGCUCCUGGCUGCCUACGUGUGGCAGCGGCAGCCGUUCCGCCUGCGCUACGUGCCGGGCCGCGGCGAGAUCCCGGCGCACUUGGGCGGCACCACGGAGUUCGGGGAUAACGUGGAGGAUGAGUGGUUCAUUGUGUACCUGCUGCGGGAGAUCACCAGGGAGUUCCCGGGGCUGGCAGCCAGGGAGAAAUGGAAGGAUCAGCCAAGUACCUGGAGCUGUUGCACAUGGCAGAAGAUCACUUCCAGCAAUCUGUUGCAGUCCCAGAAAGCUGUGAUGAAGUGAGCCCAGGUGAUGAAAUCCUGGCACUACUACAGACAACCCCCAUUGAUGUGAAGGAAUUGGAGAGAGAAGCAGCUUGUCUUCCUGCAGAGGAUGAUGACAGCUGGCUGGAUAUGACACCAGGUGCUCUGGAUCAGAUGCUGAAGGAGACAAGAAAUGAGUCCCUUCCUUCCCCAAAUGAGGAGGAGCAAAACUAUGACUUGGAAACAGUUGCUGAGAGCAUGAAGGCUUCACUUUGUCAGCAGUUCAGGGAGAGCACUGGCAGGUUGGACAGGGAUUAGAGAUGGACAGCAAGAGCUGGGAAGUGUGAAGAAGGUUCUGCUAAAUUUCAAGGAAUUUGGACUGCUGAGAGGUGAGAGACUCAGAGAGAUCUGUGGUGGAAAAAUGGGGUUAACAGAGGUUUUUUAAUUGAGACAAGAAUAAUGAGCAGUUAGUGGUGGAAAACAGAGGUACUUGAACCUUGGGAAGGGUUGGUGUUUGACCAGGAAAGGUAAUUUACACUGAAAAUACAUAAAAUUCUCCACUGAUGAGUAGCUAGAUCAAGUUUAGAUACUUUAAAACAUAAUUGAGGUGAAGAACAUGAUCACAUUGAACUGCUGUGUGGCCUGUGCUAUAGAAAAGGUCCAAACAGAUGGAGGGACUCCCUUAGUGAUGAGGAGAACUCCUGAGCUGAGGUUCAGAACAAAGCUGCUCUUUUGCAAACACUCCAGCUGCUGUUGCUGCUUGGAUAAUCUGACUUUUCCAUCAGUGGGGCUGGGAUUUCUCUGGGGCUCUGCUCAUCCCAGCUCUUUCCAUUUGUUCAGCAGCUUCCCAGGGGAGCCCUGCAGGGCUCUGGGAGUGCUCCCAGGAGAGUUUGGCAUGGCAGAAGAAGCAUUUCCAUGCUGCCUCUUCCUCUGCUUUGAGGUAACACACCAGGCAUCUCCACUUUUAAUUCUGAGUGUUUUUAGUGAAGGAAGCCUGAUGGAAUUAAUUAGGGAAGACAAGAGGUGUGUGGUUCCCUUUCAAUGGAUUUCUGUCCAAGUGUAUUCUGGAGUUGUUGAACUGGUUAAUUUUCCCUUAUUGUCUGUGUUUCAACUGGGGGAAUCCCCAUUCACCUGCAAUGCUGAGGGCAUCAAUGGAAAGAAACCCUGCCUUGGCCAUUGUUUCAGGGCUAUCAAUGGAUGAGGAAUCCCCAUUUUCUUGCUGAAAUAGAUCAGGGAACACCCUUUGUUGUUGUGGUAUGUUGUAAUGUCCUGUUUUAGAUUUCCAGGUCACCUCCCAGGUGUGGCAAUACCCGUUCCCCUUCCCCCUCGCCCCUUGCUGAGUGAGUCCUGUCAAUCAGGCUUAACAAUCCAACAAGGCGUCGUGUGGUUGGUCAAAUUCAAAGGAUGCCCCUCACGCCAGGGGGUCAUUGGCCUGUCUGGGUGUCCCUCACCCCUUGAGACCCCGCCCGCCCACCUGGUUCGUGGCUCACCUGUCCCCUCCCCUCCCCUCUCCCUGAGCUUAAAAGGUGAAGCACGCCAUGCGCUCGGCAUUCUGUUGGGGUUCUUCCCAAGAUUCAGACAUCUGUAACCAUGGAAUAAACCUCUGGAUAUUAAACCCUCCAGCAGAAUCCCUCCUUUUUUCUCUUCACCUUUGCCUGAAGCCACUUCCUAAGGUAAAAGGAGUCCCCAACAAGCAUGGACUUGUUUAGUGCCCAGCUGAAACCACCAGCAAGCAGAAGGUGUCUCUGGGGUGAUACACCACAGAAGCCGCCUUUGCCUCAGCAGCGAGGGUGAGACUGGCCCAGGCACAAUCUAACUGGUAAUAUUGGGAUUCAUAUUCAAUAGUGGUUUGUGUUUGGGGGCCUGUGGCUGGGAGUGGCCAGCUGGGUCCUGAAAAUCCACGAUACGCAGGAUAGUUCCCAGACCCAAGGUGGCACCAGUGCCAAGUCGGGCUGGUUUGAUACUACCGACUGGCUCCUGCAAUCUGCCAUCCAUCCGUGCAAGGGUGAGGGACUUUUGAAAAUCCUGAGCUCGGCCCACCCAUGGAAAGGUGAGGGGCUUUCCAAAAUCCUGAGCUCAGCCUCCUCUCUGUGUCCAGGCCCCCACCCCAGUGCCUGUGGUAGAGUGAGGGGGACACGGCUGGGGCUCCGAUCCUCCUAUUUUGGUCACCAUUUUGGGGUGACCAAAGCAGCGCCAUCAUCACUUCCCCUUUCCCGGGUCAGGAAUUCCUAAAUGCAAGCUUUCAGAAUCCCACCCGGCGCUUCUGGAUCGGCCUCUCGGUGCCUGUGGCCGGGACGGGCUGGAUAUGGGAGAACGGCUCCGACCUCGACCAGGAGGGGUUCCAGCUGGAGGUCGGGAAGGCGCCUGGAUCCUGCGGAACGCUGAAGGGGAAUGGGAUCAGCCCUCAGAGCUGCGACACGAUGCUGCAGUGGAUCUGCCAGAAAGAAUCUGUCGAGAUCUGAGCCUCCGUUGCACCCCAAAACCGGCGUUAACGCGGUAAAAAUCCCCAUUCCCGCGGUGCCAGCAUCCCCCGGGGAUGGGCAGAGCCGCAGCCCGAGGCAGGCGAUGUAGGAGAGGUAUCGACCUAAAAAACCGAAUAAAACCUAACAAUAACUUGGAGAA